AUGGCUAACUCUGAAGUGAUAAUACGGGAAGCACGUUUGGAAGACUUCGACGAUUUUGUCGAAAUUGGUGACGUCUACGAAGGCAAGGAUUAUCUGAUAGACCACUACCACAGCUACUUCAAUAACCCCGUGAUUUAUCCAUUAGUUGCUGAGGUUGGCGGGAAAGCGGUGGGGUUCUACAUGAACCAGUUCAUUGACGGUGGUCGCACUCUCAUAAAGAGAGCUGCCAGAGUCCACCCUGACUACAGAGGCAAAGGAAUCUUCCAUCUUCUGAGCGAGGCCCUGGACAGACACCGGGAGCAGUUCUGGCCUCAGGUGGAGUAUGAAGUCUUUGGGACAACGAACAGAGCUGACAGGGCGGCCAAGGAGUUUCAAGAGAAGGGCUUUGUGGAGCUAGUGAGGAAGCGCGUCUUGAACCUGUAUGUCAGGAUCGAUGAACUCAAAGGCUUGGAUGCUAACACAGGAGACCUCAGUCGUGUCACUAACAUGACAUACGACGACGUCAAACUUCUAUUUGCCGACAACCUUGUUGUCAACAAGCUGUUUCCUAAAGGAAUUAUCUUCAACUGGUUUAUCGGCUACAUGUUUCUCGAAUCAAACAUCGGCUAUCUCGUCGGCGACAACGAAUUUGUGCUCGCCUCUACAUCGUCGGAGACCCCAUUACCACCUGGGGAUUCUGGUGAUCAGAAGUCAGGCAACUUUACACCGGAAACGAUCAAACAUAUCGACGUGAUUUCCUGUGCGCACAAACAUACAGGAGUGUUAGGGUUGUCCUACGAGAUAGAUAUCUACACAGCGGAUGGAUACGAUGAGUCAAUGAUCAAAGCACAUCUGAUCAAACACUUCCGCGAUUUCAGAGAAUCCACAAAGAAAGAUGGCAUUACUAUGAUCACCUUUAACUCUAACGUUAAAGAGGAAGUGGUUGUUGGUUAUCUAAACGAGCUCGGAAUUGUGGAUUUUAUUCAUAGAAUGGAAACGUAUAACAGCUUCUACAAGCGAAAACUGUAA